GUGUGUGGUUUACUUUUGCCAAGUCUCUCAUUAGUUUGUAAAAAAAAACAAUACAACGACGCGAAAGGAGUAGUUCUUUAUGACGUUUUAAUGUCAUAUUUGUGUGAGAAAAAGUGAAACUUCACAUCGAAAAUUCGAGAAAACGUCGGCGGGCGUUUUAUUAAACUAGUCGCCGACUGAAUACUUGUUUUGUUUUCGUUUCUUACAAGCGCUAACGUUUAUUUCCGUACCUUUUUUUAAAUCCACCAUUUAUAAAUACACAUUAGUAGGCUAAAUGAACCUCUUCAACAUAUUUCCGUACCCGUUUAUAAGCAACGAUUUCUUUCCGUAAUAAGCUAGCAGGCUAACAGCUAGCGAGUGGGAGGGAACCAUCUCGCUUCCUGGUCGUCUUUGUGGCGUUCAAUACUUGUGUCUAGUCCGACGGGUUAAAAAACUCUUUAAUUGUGGUCAUUGUUCACACAAUAGAAGCAUAAUGUUGGCGUCGAAAACAUUGAUAGUAUAAGUGACGAACUCCCUGCUUAGUGCGUGUGACACCGGAGCUGAAGGGCAGACAUCAUGGAUCUGCGUUGCCGGGACUGGAUGGCCGCUUUGCCGGAGGAGCUGUGGGACGUCCCGCUCAACCACCUGGCCAUACCUGGAAGUCACGACACGAUGAGUUAUUGUCUGGACAUCAACUCUCCGCUGGUCAGGUCUGAGUCGGACAUCUUCAGGAUCCUGGAUGGACUUUGCUGCUGCUUCACCAGGCCCACCAUCUACAAGUGGGCCACCACGCAGGAUCGCUGCAUCGAGGACCAGCUGGCGAUGGGCAUCCGUUACUUCGACCUGCGCGUGGCACGCAAGCCCAGCGAGCCGGGGUCACACCUAUACUUCACGCACAUCCUCUACACACACCUGACGGUCCUGGAGACGCUGGCGUCCAUGGUGUCCUGGCUGGACGCUCACCCCAAGGAGGUGGUCAUCCUGGCCUGCAGACACUUUGAGGGAAUGGACGAUCAAAUCCACGAGUCCUUCAUCUUGGCGCUGCAGCACCUCUUCGGCGCCAAGCUGUGUCCUCGCCAGGAACCCGAGCUGACCCUCAGGGCUCUGUGGGCGUCGGGUCACCAGGUGCUACUGUCCUACGACGCAGACGUGGCGUCCAGACACGCUCAGCUGCUCCCCGCCAUCCCCUACUGGUGGGCCAACCAGGGCACGGCCCGCGGCGCCAUCAGAUACCUGGAGUGGCAGCAGCAGCUGGGACGCCCAGAGGGCUUCUUUGUGACGGGCCUGAACCUGACGGCAGCCAGGAAGUACAUCCUGACCAAUCCCAAGCAGUCCCUGCGCACGCUCACCUGGGCCCAGUGGGAGUACCUGAGCAAGUGGCUGCAGGACCAGAGACCCGGCUCGGACCGCCGCAGCCUCAACAUCAUCGCGGCAGACUUUGUGGGCCCGCUUCCUCUCUGCUCGCUGGUCAUCGGCCUCAACAGGAAACUGCUGUCUCGCCACAACUCCGACUGAUAUCAACAUGCAUUCCGUACACCUGUAUCAGCUCAUGGCAGAACCACCACAACAUCAUGAUGAUGACAUCACUCGGCCUUUGGCCACAUACCAUUCCAUCCGAGCCCCGUUCCUGGGUUGGACAUUCCAUUCUCUGCCCCCCUCUCCUUCGUGGAGGGGGGGGGCACAUAUGAGGCGCUAGCUGUCCAAAGUGGGGACCCAGGGUGGUCCACUCAUCUGUGCGCUGCUGACCCGUCUCCACUCAAGAUGAUCUCCUGCUGGCCCCACUAUGGACUGGACUCUCACUAUUAUGUUAGAUCCACUAUGGACUGGACUCUCACAAUAUUAACUAGAUCCACUAUGGACUGGACUCUCACAAUAUUAACUAGAUCCACUAUGGACUGGACUCUAAAUAUUAACUAGAUCCACUGUGGACUGGACCCCCCUCCAAGGUUUCUCAUUGUCCCAUUGGGUUGAGUUUUUCCUUGCCCUGAUGUGGGAUUUGAGCCGAGGAUGUCGUUGUGGCUUGUGCAGCCCUUUGAGACACUCGUGAUUUAAGGUUAUAUAAGUAAACAUUGAUUGAUUGAUUGAUUCAGAAUCCAUUCAACACAACACUCGAUUCCACAUAGUACUCGAUUCGACACGACACCCGAUUCGACAGGAUACUCGAUUCAACAGAUUAGUCGAUUCAACACGACACUCGUUUCAACAGAGUACUCGAUUCAACACAACACUCGAUUCCACAGGGUACUCGAUUCAACAGAGUAGCUGAUUCAACAGGGUACUCGAUUCAACACGACACUCGAUUCAACAGAUUAGUCGAUUCAACACGACACUCGAUUCAACAGAUUAGUCGAUUCAACACGACACUCGAUUCCACAGAUUAGUCGAUUCAACACGACACUCGAUUCCACAGGGUACUCGAUUCAACAGAGUACUCGAUUCAACAGAGUAGCUGAUUCAACAGGGUACUCGAUUCAACACGACACUCGAUUCAACAGAUUAGUCGAUUCAACACGACACUCGAUUCCACAGAUUAGUCGAUUCAACACGACACUCGAUUCCACAGGGUACUCGAUUCAACAGAGUACUCGAUUCAACAGAGUAGCUGAUUCAACAGGGUACUCGAUUCAACAGAUUAGUCGAUUCAACACGACACUCGAUUCCACAGGGUACUCAUUUCAACAGGGUACUCAAUUCAACAGAGUACUCGAUUCAACACAAGACUCGAUUCAACAGGGUACUCGAUUCAACAAGACACUCGAUUCCACAGAGUACUCGAUUCAAAACGACACUCGAUUCAACAGGGUACUUGAUUCAACAGGAAACUCGAUUCAACAGAGUAGCCGAUUCAACAGAGUACUCGAUUCAACACGACACUCAAUGUAAAUAAUAAUAAUACAACUUUUUCAAACAGGUCAGAAAAGUGUCUUCUACUUGCAUGGAGAUGGCCUAAAAACAUCCAUUUUCUACUGCUUAUU